AUGCGGAAAUACGUACUAAUUGGGAAAUUCGGCCGCUUGAUUUUUCAUCCAUUUUAUCCGCCUAAUGGCCGAAAUGGACCAUUUCCAGGGUAUAUAAAGCCCGCAAUCGACUGGAAUCACUACAACAGAAUGGCUAAACAAGUAUAUUUUAUAGCUGGUGCUUCUCGUGGAAUUGGCCUUAGCUUGGCUACCUACUUGAGUAAGAAACCUGAGAAUGUGGUAUUUGCAACCGCUAGAAACCCUUCUUCUUCCUCUGGUUUGCAAGAAUUAAGCAAGGUGGCUGACAAUGUACACGUUGUGACUUUGGACUUGAACGAUGAAAAGACAUUUGAAACCGCCAAAGCUGAGGUUUUGAAAAUUACCGACUCCAUUGAUGUGUUUAUCUGUAAUGCAGGUAUUAGUACCGCUCAUACCCAAAUUUUGGACACUCCAAAGGAGCAAUUUCCUCAGCCACUACGUUAUCCAAUGCUCUUGGACCAAUUCUUUUGA